AUGUCGGUACUGGAUGUCUUUGCGUCACUGCCACAGGAUCACUUCCUGUGUCCGAUCUGUCUGAAUGUCUUCAGUGAUCCGGUCACCACUCCGUGCGGCCACAACUUCUGCAAGACCUGCCUGGUCCAGACGGGGGACGACGCCGACGAGUUCUGUCAGUGCCCGACGUGCAAGAAGCGCUUUAAUCGGACGAGCGAGUUCUCCACCAACACCUUCAUCGCAGAAAUCUCCACCCAAAUAAAGAAGAGAAGGGUGGAGGCGGCGGAAACCCCCGACGCACCGUGGAAGGUGAAGUGCGACGUGUGCACGGACUUCAAGAUGAAGGCGUCAAAGUCCUGCCUCGGGUGCGUGACGUCCUACUGCGACGCCCAUCUGGAGCCUCACCAGAGAGUUCCCUCCCUCAUGAGGCACAAGCUGAUCGACCCGGUGGAGAAUCUGGAGGAGAGGAUGUGCGGCAAGCACCGGAUGAUCCUGGAGCUCUUCUGCAGGGACGAGCAGGUGUGUGUGUGUCUGCUGUGCAGCGAGACCGAGCACAAAGGCCACGAGACCGUGCCCGUUCCGGAGGAAGCCGCUCGGCAAAAAGAGACAAUUGAGUCCAGAAAAGCAGAAGUAAAUAAGAUGAUUCAAGACCGAAUGGGGAAGAUCGCAGAGAUCACCAGUUCUUCUGAUCUGACCACUGAAAAAUGUAUCACAGAGAUGGACGCUUGCAAUGAACUCUUCAACACUCUGGUGAAUAAAGUUCAAGAGAAACAAACAGCCCUGGCAAUGUACAUCGAGAACAGGCUGGCCAAGUCAAUGAGCAAAAAUGAGUCAGUGGUUAAAGAGCUGCAAGAGGAGAUCGCAGAGCUACAGAGGAAACACUCGGAGCUGGAGGAGCUGGAACACAACGAGGACCACUUUCAGUUUCUGCUGGCUUUGCGUGCGCUGAGCAGAGCGUCGAACGCCAAGGACUUGCUCCAGCUGCAGGUUUACUCGGACCUGUACGUGCAGACGACGCGCAGGGCCCUGUCUCACCUCAUGCUGACUUUUCAAGCAGAGCUAAAAACUCUGACAGGCAUGGAGCUGACCCGAAUGAGACAGUAUAAAGAGGCAGUCAACUUUGACCCGUCCACUGCAGGCAUUCACCUUGCGGUGACGGAUUACGAUACUCGUCUGAAGCGCUUCAGCAUCGCCAGAAGUCCCACAUGUCCCGGCUCCAACAGAUUCCAGCUGUCCAUGGUUUUCGGGAAAGAGGGCUUCACGUCUGGGCGACACUACUGGGAAGUCCAAGUAGGGCUGUGGUCCACCUGGGACGUCGGCGUGGCCAAAGAGUCAGUCCCCCGAACCCAGAACGUCAUAACCAAAAAGAACGGAUUCUUCACCAUUGGAAAGAGGGGUGGUGAAUAUAAAGCUUACCAUUCAUUCUAUGAAGUUAUCAAUCUGUCUCCAAGGCCAAGGAAGAUAGGGGUUUACGUGGACUGUGAGGAGGGAAGGGUCUCUUUCUACGAGAUCGAUCAGAAGCUGCACAUCUACACAUACAAGAAAGUGCCGUUCACAGAGAAACUCUUCCCAUGCUUUUAUCUGUACAGCAAGGCGAAGAAAUCUGAGCCGAUGAUUAUUCUACCCAUUAGGAACUAGACACAAUCUCUCUGACUCCAAUAAGAUGAAAUACCUAGAAAUAAAAAAAAAUGUAUUUCAAUUUUAUUGCGAGCUUCAUCAGCUAGCUUGCAGGUCAAGAGAGCUAAAGCUUGGGACAAUGACUGUGUAAAGGGUUUAUGAAAUAACGACAACUGUACAUAGAUUAAACCGAUUUUAAUCUCUCGAGUCUUGAUUGAUACAACCAUAAAAAUUUCUGAAUGACAGCCGUUCGUUGCCUUUUUUGGAGCGUUGGCGUCGCUUCCAUAACGUCACGAGGUCUGGGUUUACAAGCAUCCUGGAAAUGACAGAGUCCACCAGACCUAACCUGCAGGUGAAGGCGUGUUGGUGUGGAACGCUUAACAGGAGAUAAGAGUGUAACUGAAGUACUGUAACUGAAGAGCAACACACACAGCAAGGACAAGUCAGUGGUUCUGUAAAGAAAAAGGUAAGGGAUUUUAGUAUUCUAAGUGUUUAUGUAUGUAUAAU